UCUGAAUCAACGUGUUUUGGGUGUCAUGCGGUAACAUUUGGAGAUGUAAACCUUAUUUCAAAAACUUAUUUUCAAAGAUCGUUAUUAUUAGUUAUCUUCAAGUGACAAAAUACUGCUUUAAUGUGUUAUUGACACACGGUAGGUGUGCUCUGUGUUGCAGGUGCAUACAGCAUGGUUUGGUGCAGCAGAGUUUUGCACAGGAAGUAUGGAAACUUUGUGGAUAAUCUGAGGCUCUAUGUCAGAGGUGGCAGUGGUGGCAUGGGGCUGCCACGACUGGGUGGACAAGGUGGUAAAGGAGGUGACGUCUGGGUUGUUGCCAAAGAUGGUAUGUCCCUGAAGAAAAUCAAGGACAAAUAUCCACAGAAGAGGUUUGUAGCUGGUGUUGGGGCAAACAGUAGUAUCCGAGCUCUGAAGGGAGAUAAAGGACAGCACUGUGAGGUCUAUGCUCCAUCUGGCAUUUCAGUCACAACCGAUGAUGGAAAGGUCAUAGGUGAACUGAAUCAAGAUGGUGAGCGGGUACUUGUAGGACAAGGUGGCUGUGGUGGAUCUUUUGCAACUGGCUUCCUGCCCAAAAAAGGUCAGGCAAGACAAAUACGAUUGGACUUGAAACUCAUCGCAGAUGUGGGCUUAGUGGGGUUUCCAAAUGCUGGCAAAUCAUCUCUAUUGAGUUUACUUUCACAUGCCAGACCUCAGAUUGCAAGCUAUCCUUUCACAACCUUGAGGCCAGAAAUAGGAAAAAUAAUGUUUGAAGAUUACAAACAGAUAUCUGUAGCUGAUUUACCAGGUUUGAUUGAAGGCGCCCACAUAAACAGAGGAAUGGGUCACAAAUUUCUCAAACAUGUUGAGCGAACAAAGCAACUGCUCUUUGUGGUUGAUGUAAGUGGAUUCCAGCUUUCUUACAAAACACCAUUUAGAACAGCCUUUGAAGCUGUACAGCUCCUAACGAAGGAGCUGGAGUUAUACAAAGAAGAGCUGAUGUCAAAGCCAGCCCUCCUUGCUGUGAACAAAAUGGAUUUGCCAGACGCUGAAGAAAAGCUAAAGGAACUUGUAGAACAACUACAACAUCCCCAAGAUUUUGCACACUUGUUUCCUGAAGGUGCGGUUCCAAGGAGCACAGUGCACUUUAACCAUAUCGUCCCAGUCUCAGCAUCCAGUGGAUAUGGCAUUCAAGAACUAAAGAAGUGCAUCAGAAACUCACUUGAUGAGCAAGCAACUUCACAAAAUGAAGAGGACCACAGAGAAAAGCUGCAGGAACUUCACAGCUCAAGUGCUUCCAAAGCUGUGAGGAGAUGAAUGAAUGUAGAAAUGUACAAAUUGCAAGCCCUAUGAAAAGAAACUAGAAGAACACAGGAUUCAGUAGAAGCAACUCUGUGUGAACUACUAGAUCAGGUGUGACCUUUUUGUGAUGUUUAAUCCGCUAAUGUGCUGUCUGAGCUUCUCUUUUGUAGUUUCAAGCUGUGGGUUUAUGUAACACAGGCUAGAUUAUCCUAAAUGUCUUUAUGUAAACCCCAGCGCUGUGUAGCAAACAACGACUGUAUUGUCAGGAAUACCAACAGCAACUCUGUGUACAGUAUGUGUUCACUAGAUGUGAAUAUCAUCUUACAGCUCUUUUGUAAUCUUUGUACUGUUUGUUUGUCUCAGACUCGUAUCUGAGCCGAUGGGAAAAGUCCUGUUUCAGGGUUAAGCAACUGGCCCCGAAGGGCCUUUCCAGACUUCAAAGGUACUUUUGGGACUGGUGAGGGGUAUGAUUGGUUCAAUUUUAUAAUUAAGUACAUGGUUGUAACAAAUGGUCUAUUUGAAUUCCCAAACUAUUUUAAGGAGUGUGAGUGAAGUGAAAGGAGCAGUCUUCCACAAUGUAAACUAAAAAGACAAAUUGUAUUGAUAUAAUUAAUAAAAAAUACUACACAUUUUUUAUUAAUGUAUUUAUUUUGGAUUAGCAAUGCAAAAUACAGGAGGGGAGUUCGUGGAUGCAUGAGGUAACAAGCUAUGUAUAAGUGAGUGUGAUUUGAUUAACUGGUCAGCACACUGUUUCAAGGGAAAUUAGGCACAGCAAAGAACAGAACUGAUGACAAUUUUUUAAUUUGGGCACCAGCAGCCUGAAGCUUGCCAGAAUCCCCCCCAGACACACACAAACACACACACACUCACUUAUGUUAUCAAGGGAGGUUCAAAUCAUUUUGUUAACACAUGCACUGUAUUAAAUUACAUCUUUUAUUUAUUUUUUUUAUCAGGAUCUAUAAACAAAUAUGCAGUAGUGGUGUUUAAUGUAAAGUGAGAAAGGGUUUAUUAUUAAACCUUUAUUUUACUAGGAAAUCACAUUGAGAUUAAAACCUCUUUUGCAAAUGAGACCUAGCCAAGAAAGGUAGCAGCAGUACGAUAAAACGUAUUACAGUACAAAAAUACAAAUACAGAAAUAAAACAAUUUAAAACACAGACAAGUCAUACUCAAUAUAAUAAACAAUCCGUUAGUGACAAUCAAUUAGUAAUAGGUGUAAUCAACUACAUAAAACAAGCACAACUCUCAAUUAAAUAAUCACACAGCUUACUCUUGAAUUGUACUAAAGUUAGUUGGGAAUGCAACUUAAGUUUAGACUGUAAUUAAUUCCAAGACCAUGGAGUAAAAUAAGCAAAUGAUUUUUUUUAGCAGCCUCGGUGCAUACUUUAGGAACCAUAAAAAUACAAAAGACUGUAGAUACUACCAGCUUGAUGGUGCCUUUGAUUAAUGGGGGCUCAAAUUUCCAUGUGCAGUAGCUGAGUAACUUUCUGGGUAAGGAUUUUUUUUAAAUUAAAAUAUGUUUCUCAGUCAUAGUGCAUUAGGGUGUCAAAUAAAAUAUAAUGCAAGAGCCAGGGUGUCACUGAAAGGUAAUGUUUUAUUAAAUAUAUUACAAGAUUAAUUAAUAUUUCAGAAAAAACAUGGCCAUUGAUUUACAGUGUUGCUCUAUUUACAAUACAGAAAAAAAUAAGGUUUACAGUUGCAAAUCAUGUGUACCUAAACAAAAUAAAAAAUGCAAGUCAGCAGAUACUAGCAAGUUAAAGAUGCAAGUGUUAUUGCAGCCAGUCACUAUGGUGAAAACACUUUUCAGACUUUGUAACAUGAGUUUAACCCAUUUGAGCUCGACUGUUCCAUUAAAUUUCUUUUUCUUCUAACAGUUUAUGUGAAGUCACUCGCUUGCAUGGUAAUGAAAAAUGUUAUCAGGUCUUUUAAAAAAAAAAACGUCCUCUAAAAAACAAGUACAGCUGUAUUAUUUCUAAUACUGAAAAAAAAAAGCAAUUGGUAACUUACUCUCAAAAAUAGAGCAGCAACAUAUUUAGAGUCCAUUAUAGUCAUUUAUACUUAUAAAGCAGCACUCAGUCAUUCAGCUAUUUUUUUUCAUGUUUAUAUAUUUGAUUUAAAAAAAUUACAUUUAACAGUAAUAAUAUUCAUAAUGCUAUCUUAAUCUAUACACAAAUCCACAUUCUUGUGGAACUGUGCUAUAAAGCAUAUGGUAUUAUCGAUAGGAUGUACUUGAUUUGUAAUCUGUUGCCAUGUUACAAAAUUUGUAACAAAGCCAGUCCUAUUAACACAGGUUAUCUGCAUAUGUUGUGUAUUAAAUAUUAUUUCAAAUGCUCUAUUUAAAAGGUUGUGCAGUAAAACGACUAUUCUAUGUGUAAGUGCAUUCACUAUCUGACCGUGCAAGAUGUUUAGCUAACCCAGGCAAUAGCAUCAAGAAAUAGGAAAUUAAUUAUCUUUCUUAUAAACAAGAUAAUGCUGAUUCUUUUACCAAAUAUGUAUUUUGUUGUCCCAUCAGAUUAGAACUGUAACCCCUCCUAGCCAGUAUUGAAUAUGUAAAUAUCUAAUAUGAUUCACUAUUCAUUUCCAUUACAUAGCUAUAAUUUAGAUCCCGUUGCACACUUUCCAUCUGAGAUCCCUGUUUCUUACAGUACUGUGAUAAAUGUUUUGAUUCCCCAAAUAAUUAGUUACAUGCAUAAGGGGAAAGCAUAAAGCAACAAGCAGUAAUAGUAUACAAGCUUAGUAAUACUGUUUUUUCCAGCUUUUAGACAAAGCCCCUAAAGUUGAUAUUGCCAAAUUUUGUUAUCAAAGUAAGACAUUUCUGAAAGUAAUCGUUAAAAAAAAAAAAAAAAUAUAUAUAUAUAUAUAUAUAUAUAUAUAUAUAUAUAUAGUAACGAAUGAAAAAAUCCAUCUGAUGAUUGUUUCAGAGCUGUACAUAUUUAUAAUUCAUUACUGAUAGCAAAACAAAACAUUCAAAACAACAACGCAAGACUACAACAGAACUGGGCUCAUAUCUUGCCUGUAACCGCUGAAAUGAGAAAGACUGUGUUGAGUAUCACAUUAGUGAAAAUAUACAUUUUGUUUAAAAUCCUACAUCAUUUCCGUCUCCCACGUGCUACAGUAAUGCAUUUUGUUCUUUAAACACUACAGAAACUGAUAAACAGGUUUCAUGCAUACAGUUUUAUUUCUACAGUGAUCACGUGCUUCAAAACAUUAAAUAAAUCCUUCUCACGGUGUCCUGUUUUAAUCGCAUUCGAUACAACACCAAUCAAGAGAACCCCUCAAUAUUUUUUUGGGGGGGGGGGCUUGGUGGUGCCAUGCUGAUUGUUUUUUAUAAUGUAUUUAUAUUUAUGUAUAGAAUGUAUAUGUUCUGUUUCCUUCGGAUAUGCAUUCUGAAG